UAUUUAUAAAAAUAAAGGUAGGAUAAAAAAAUUAAAAUCUGUUUAAGGGGCUCAGCCCUCAUUUUAACUGGACUCUAUAAUGAACUCGGGCAUACUAUCCCCUUUCAAUCUUUGGCAACCACGUGUAUUGAAUGAGACUAUUCAUAACAUAGCAGCUUGCCCACAUAUUAGAUUUAGGGUAAGUGUCCUAAAUUGUAUGUGAUACUAUAGCGCUCAGGGAAAAAAAGUAUAGAGGGUUUGAACAGACAGCUUGCUAAAAAUGUUAAUUUGGGGUUCUUCCUUACAAAUGCAUUAAAGUGUAUACUCCCACAGUCCUUAAGCAGCAGAAAAAACAGCCAGCAUCGUUUGCACUGUCCUGGUGAGAUUGAGCAAUAAUCUGCCUUGGUAAUGAGGUUUGCAAGGGGUCCUAUCCAUACAGUUUUACUGCAGGAUAAUUUAAGGGCAACAGUUGGUGGAAUCGCCUAGCUUUGCUUUUCCUCCCAUCCAGUGUCAGCUGCAAGUACCAUUAAGUACCUUCAUUUCAUUCUUUUUUUUUUUUUUUUGGCUAUUUCAUUGCAGUGUUUAAUGCACUUUAAAAAGUGUUUUUUUUUAAAAAAAUUCAUUUCAUUCUUCUUAAAUAUGUAGGAGUGAACUUGGGUAAGUGUGAAAGGAUGCCUGGAAUGGAGGCUUUAACCACCUUCAGCAGCUCCUGGGUAACAAUGAAGAAUUGAUCUUGGGGAAGAUUGAAAGAAGAUACAAUAUGAGAGGGAGCCAUUGGAGGGGGACUGGCAGAAAAUAUUACCCAGUCUUGAGAUACAGGGAAGGAAAAGAUCUGGAUCCUUCAAAAGAAGCAGUGCUAAUUUUCGGCCCACCUUGCCAGAUGUUCCUUUGACUGUGUUCGGCGUCUGACAAACUAUGUUCAAUCCGAUGAACCCGCCAGUUAACAGCUACAUGGAACACUGCUACCUUCGGCCUCUCCAUGGGCAAGGGCAACCUAGUGCCAUGGUAGAAGGCAUCAGUGAUUUACCAUACUAUCACCAAACCAACUCAGUGGGGAAUCACCACACCUACGGAUUGGUACCUGGAGGUGAACAUCCUUCUCAUACUGGUGGUAGCCGUUUUUCUACACCCCGGAGCACAGCAAAGCUGACCAAAAAGCGGGCCCUGUCCAUCUCGCCACUCUCAGAUGCCAGCAUUGAUCUGCAAACUGUCAUUCGCACCUCACCCAAUUCUCUGGUGGCUUACAUCAACUCUCGCUGUGCUUCGGUUGGGGGUUCCUAUGGGCACCUCUCCAUUGGUGCUGUCAGCCCUUCACUUGGGUUCCAGAAACCUCAAGGCAUGUCCUUUGGCCACAACCCCACAACAGUCCCCUGUGGGUCUCAUGAACACGUGACUAGCCGGCCAGGGGUGAUGCACCAUAUGCCACCCCCUCGUGGGAUGCUGAAGCACUGCCAGCUGAAGUCAGAGUCCAGCCUGGGCAGCCCGCUGGAUGCCCUGAGCACCAAGUGCCUGGAGGAGUGCUCGGAGGGUGACAUUUCCAGCCCUGCCUCUACGGGGACACAGGACCCCUUACUAAGUGUGCUUGAUCCACGAGAUGAAUUGGAGAAGGAAGAUGGGAAGGUGGAAACUGAAGCAGUAUAUGAGACCAAUUGCCACUGGGAAGGAUGCACCAAAGAGUUUGACACUCAGGAACAGCUGGUGCAUCAUAUUAACAACGAGCAUAUCCACGGAGAGAAGAAGGAAUUUGUGUGCCACUGGCACGACUGCUCACGGGAACAACGACCCUUCAAAGCUCAGUACAUGCUGGUCGUCCACAUGAGGCGCCAUACAGGAGAAAAGCCUCAUAAGUGCACAUUUGAAGGCUGCAAUAAGGCCUACUCACGGCUGGAGAACCUCAAGACCCACUUGCGCUCCCAUACUGGUGAGAAGCCUUAUGUCUGCGAGCACGAAGGCUGCAAUAAAGCUUUCUCUAAUGCUUCUGACAGGGCCAAGCACCAGAACCGGACACAUUCCAACGAGAAACCCUAUGUCUGUAAGAUCCCCGGCUGUACCAAACGCUACACCGAUCCCAGCUCUCUGAGGAAGCAUGUCAAGACCGUGCAUGGGCCAGAUGCUCAUGUCACCAAGAAGCACCGUGGAGACACUGUAGCCACCAGUCGGACUCUGCCUCUCCAUGGUGACAUGAAGCAAGAGAAAGAUAGUGAGGUCAGGAAGGAAGAGGGCAAACUCAUGGUACCUGAUUCUAAUUUGAAGCCGCAGCCCAGCCCUGGGGGUCAAUCGUCCUGCAGCAGCGAACACUCCCCCUUGGGCAGUGCUAAUAAUAAUGACAGCGGCGUGGAGAUGAACGCAAAUGCAGGGGGCAGCUUAGAGGACCUGUCAGCACUGGAGGAACCGUCUGAGCCCAUGGGAACCUCUGGGCUCUCGGCACUGCGCAAGUUGGAGAACCUGCGCAUCGACAAACUCAAGCAGCUGCGUAAGCCCCUCUCGAUGAAGGGGGUCAAGCUUCCUUCCAUCCCUGGGGCAGGUCCAGGAAGAGAGAUGCCUGGCAUGUGUGGGGGCCCCUCUGCAGCGGCUUCUCACCGGCGUGUUAUGGAGCUCUCAUCCAGUGACCUGCCUUCUCUAACUGUGGCAGGAGACCGGCGAGGUAGCACUACCAGCACUGUCAGUUCAGCCUAUACAGUCAGCCGUCGCUCUUCCAUGGUAUCACCCUAUCUGCCAGCUGGGAGUGCCCCCAAUGGAUUAGGCCUCCCGGACCUGUAUGACCCCAUAUCCCCCGAUGCCUCAAGACGCUCUAGUGAGGCCAGUCAUUGCGGAGGACUUCCCGGGCUGGGCAACCUCACCCCAGCCCAACAGUACCGCCUCAAGGCCAAAUAUGCUGCAGCAACUGGUGGGCCACCUCCUACUCCUCUCCCCCAUAUGGACAGAGCUGUUCAGUCCAAUCUCGUAGGGGAUUAUUCUAACUCAUGCUUGCCUCCUUUUGUGCAUGAGCACAGCACGAAUGAUUACCACGGUUACAGCGGCACUGGCAUUCUCCAUCCCCACCUGAGCCAUAGUGGCCGGCGAGCCAGCGACCCCAUGCAGGCAGUGGCGGAGGUCCAUCCUGUCCCACGAGUGCAAAGGUUUAAAAGCCUCAGCAACAUGAGCCCAGCAAGUGGAGGUAGAGCCGGUGGACAAGUGACGGGGAGUACUGAGGCCAACCUUUCCCACCAUCUCUUCUCCCCACGGCCACCAAGCAUCAGUGAGAAUGUUUUUUUGGAAGCUGCCGCUAUGGAGAGCACCAUCCCGGCUGGGGAGCCAGAAGUGCUGGAGAUGGAACCUUAUCUCACCUACCAGGAGCGGAACUAUCCAUACCAAGCAACGACCAUGGAGCUGCAGAGCAAUCUCGCUCAUCGAGGCACCUUGAAGCUGGUGGGUGACUUACAGAUGAGCCCAGUGAACCACGAGCAGCUAGAAGGUGGUUUUGAUCAGCCAGACUACAUCCAGUCUCAGUGCCAGAUGAAUGUUGCUUUCCACACUGCACGGCAGUGGGACAGCAAUAGUUCAGGGGUAAAUCCUGCAUCACUCCCUGGCAUGGGGCAGUGCCAUUCUGCCCAGUAUCCAAUCCCUGAUGCUAAGCCUAUGGGAGCAGAGCCUGCCAAUCAUGGCCAACAGGCGACAUUCCAGUUUGGUCAGGCACAUAUUAAAGCCGAGCAACAGUUCCAACCAGCCACUGCUGCUCUUGCCUCCUGCCAAACCAUGAAGCAGGUGUUAUACAACCAGGCUCAACCAGUCUGUGGAGAUGGUGGAUACCAGCCCGAAAGCCAGCCGGGCUCUUGCUAUGGCAUGGGGCAGCCCCCAAGCAGGAGAUCCCAGACCCCAAUGUUGCAAGUCAAGGAGAUGAUGGUACGGAGUUAUGUGCAAUCACAGCAAGCAUUGAUGUGGGGGGAGCAGCCGGUCAGCAAUAUAAUGGAUGGCACAGAGAAUGGACCCAGCCAACAACACCAGCCUUACCCUGAUGUAAAGUAUCCAAGCUAUCCUGCCAGGCCAUCACAAGCUAUGGAAAACAAAGCACUUUCAAGCCCCAACAGCCAGUGUUACAAUCCAAGGAUGGUCCCUCAUCCACCUGGUGGACCAAAGCCACCAAAUCGACAAAGCAAUCUGAGCUAUCAAGUUAGCCCUUCUUAUGAAACCCCCAGUGAUGGUGGCCCCCACCAUAUGAUGCGCUUACCCCCUCUGCACGGUCCUGAAGAAACAGGUUUUUCCAUCCCAAUGCACGUGCCGCUGAGCAAAGCUUCUGGGCACAAGUUGAUGAAUACCCAUCAAAGGCACCAUCAGCCCCCCAGCUGUGUGGCUGAGGAUCCAGGUGGGCCUUAUGCUCCUGGGCUGGAUGCCCCUAAAUCUGACUCUUUCUCUUAUCUGCCAGAGGAGCAGGUGUCUAAUAGUUUGGACACUCUGGACUUAGAAAACACCCAUUUGGACUUCACAGCUAUCCUUGAUGAUGCAGAGGCCCUUAGUCCUACCCCACCUGGUGGCCCAACCAACAUGGCGGUGGGGGAUAUGAAUUCCAUGCUGAACUCAUUGGCAGGGGAGAACCAGUUCCUUAAUACCCUUUCCUAGUAUGUUUAGACAAGGCUCUGAUGACAAAGACUGCUAUUUAUCAGAAUCAGGCUGAUACAAGAGACAAGCAUGCCUCUUAUUGGGCUGAACUCAUUGGGGAGAGAGUUGAUUCUAACUAGUAACCUUCAAGUUCUUUGGUACAAAAUAGCAUUUGCUUUUUAUCCUUAUUCACCCUAGACAAGCUGAUCUGCUGAUGGGCUGGGCUGAAGGAUGGGCAUCUAUGGGAAGGGAGGUGUGUUAAUUCCAGUCCCUUAGUGAGAAAAGCACAGCUCAGGACUACCUAGAUUUUAUCUGCGGUCAUUCAUCUCUUCUUCCCACUAAGUCCCCUUUCUGAAAGGAAAGCAGUAUUUUUGAUAAGCUUCCCAAGUGCCUCUUUUCAAGUCUAUUAACAAACUAGAAUGUUACAAAGCAUUUCUUGCACAGUGCCUCGGAGUUUGUUGAUAGAGUACCUUAAGUCUGUUGCAUAUAUUUAUAAUAGAUAUAUUUAUAAAAGUAAGCUUAGAUACAUGCAGUACUGGAAAAAUGUGCGGAAUUGUCACCUGUUCAUACAUCUUUCCUGUAAAAUACACAGAGGAAAGACAUCUGGAGGAGCAGUAUAUUAAAACUGCCUCUCUGGCCACAUGGAGUCUUUUAAACCUAGUUGUAGAAUCCUCCCAGAUGCUGGAAUAUACAUUGUUACCCCCCCCCCUUGGCCAUUGACCAUGCUGGUCUGGGCUAAUGAGUCCAGCAACAUCUGGAGGAUGAGAAUUGUCCCGUCCUUGGAAGUUGCUAAGUCUCAGAUUAUAUCCAAUACAUAAUAUGCCACAUUCAGGUCCAUCCCCUCAUUUCAGCUCCCAAUUUGCAAAGCUAGCAAAAGUUAACUUGGCAUUUCUAAGUACCACCAAUUUACCUUUUGCCAUAAGCUCCCACCCUGUAAUUAUUACCAUUAUAAAACCCGCCAUAUAAUAAAAGCACAAUGCUAGGAAGGUGCUUGUAUUCUGUUGUCCUGCCAGAAUUCUUGCCUUAAGAUUAUUUUUGCCUGCCUAACAACUUUACACAUGCCUCUCCCCUUCCUGUUAUGGCACCUGGCCAGACCGCAACAAAGGUCCCCUCUGCACUAUGUUGUAAAUUAAAGGGCCCUUCUCCAGCUCUAGUCAUGUGUAUGACUUGCUAGGUUGGGAUGUGGUUAAGGAUGUAUGGAAAAAUUAUGCUCAUGAUUCCAUACACAGAGGAGUUCCAUCUGUGUAUUUUCUGAGGGCUGGGAUAAAGAUGUUUUAGAUGUAUAUUUGAAAAAACUAGAUGAUCAUGUGGGAAGCAUAUGUUUGCAAAUGCAGUGUUCAUGCAGAUACAUUCCUCAGGGAGCUGGAUGUUGCUGUGGUGCCGAUUCAGUGUGAAAAGAUUUGUAAUGUCAUAUAUUGGGGAACAAUGGGAAACUGGGCAAAAAGAGAAACUACAAGCUGAACCACAACUAGCCACAAGUACACUCAUAUCCAUUGUAGAAGGCUAAAUGCAAAGCUGGACAAGUUACACACACGUAAGAGUAAAAUGCCAAUGGAACAAAAGAAUCUUCUUGUAAUUCAGAUUAAUUUAUAAGAGAAAAUAAACACCCAGCACGGAGUUCACCCAGCAUACAGGUAAAAUCCUCUUGAUCCCAAAUGAGCUAGGGCUGGUUGACACAAGCAUAUACACCACUGGAUUUCAUAAUAUUUUUAUGAUUUGAACUUUAAAGUGGUACCACAGCAAUUAAUUGUGUUUGAAGCCAUUUCUGAGCUCUCGGUCAAUUGCCCGAUCAUGUAUGCAAAGCCACCAUUUUUAUACAUACUUGAAAAUCAAUUUACCUGCCUUCGAUUCUGUGAAAAUAUCCUACCACUGGGCUACCAAAAGAAGAAAUUUGGGUGGAAGGGCAACACUAAUGGGGUCAUGAUUGGGCCCUUAAUUUGAAAACCGUGAAAGAGAAACUGAACAAAUCAUUACAAUAAGGAAAAAUGGGAUAGCGUGUUAAAGAUAGCGUUUCCAGCUAUACACUGGAGAACAAUCAGCCCUAAGCUUUUAAAGUCCCAAUUCAUCCCAUCAGUCCUCUUCACCUGCACCCACCCAGUCUCAAAAGAAACUUUGGGGAAAGGCAACUCAUGCAAUAUAUUAACGGUGUUGUGAAAAUGAAACUCUCCCUACUGCUCCUUCUACAAAGAUCUUUUAAUUGCACGUUGAUAACUUCAAAUCUGGAGCACUUGAAAAACACUUGAAACUCUUCACAUAUGAAUUAAUGUUAGGUCAGAUUAAGACUUAUCCAGCCUAUUCUCGCCUUGCAAUUGCCCAAACUACGUGAGAGCCAAGAACAUAAUUUUGAAGCUUAGUGUGCUCUGUCAGGAAACUUAUAUUCUUGCCCUCCUGGGUUUUUCCAAGUCCACAUAUACUUUAAGCAGACUGGGCAAAAUGAAGCGUAUUGAGGCAGACAGGAAGGAAGCAGAAUCAUAACUUUAAAAAUAUUAAUGAGGAAUAUCGUUGUCUGGUGCUUAUAUGCUCACCCCACCCACCCACCCCCCUAUCAACUCUGCUUAGUUAGCCUCUGAGGUUUUAGUAAUAUUCCAAAAAUCUGUUGAACUAAAAGGAUAGAGAACGACCACACACAAGCAAUGGGAAAAAAAUGAAUAUAUAAACAAAAGCCAAUAAUACAUCUGUUUUCAAGCUAUUUUCGUUUCUCGUAACUGCACUGGCUGCCUCUGUCCUUACAUUUCUGGUGCCUAUGGAGAUUCUGCAUUUCUGGUAUCUAGGGAGAUUACAUUUCUAGUGUUUUGAUUGUUUCCAAGUAAAUUAAGGGUUCCCCUUUAAAACAUCCUCAGCAGAGCACAGCAAACUAUUUUGUACCAAAGCUGAACCUUGGACCGCCUGGCUCAAAACUGUCCCAUGUGUCGAUGGGGGCUCUUCAGGGUUUUAGACAGGAGACCUAGAUCAGAUGUCAGGAGCUGAAUUCACUAAGUUAUGCCUCUCCUAUUGAGGCAGCCUCUUAUGUCAUAGUUCUACCAAUGAACUGUCCUCAUGCCCCCCCCACCCACCCACCCUAGCAUCUUCCUCAUAG